UUCCGUUUUUCUCUAGGCCASUCGCCACUCGCCAGUCACAGUGAACGAUGAUAGUAUUGAUACCAUUGUGAUAAUAUCAUAUACCAUCCAUAAAUCCCCAAUCAACGCAUUCUUAGACAAGUGACUGUCCAGAAGGCUCCGUGAUCACCACUCGUACCGAGUUGUCAGCGUUGAAGGUCCGCUUGGCAAACAUCUAAGCUAAUGCCAACACUUUUGCCCAUGACUCGGUGGUUGAGAAUUUGAGAAUUGAGAUGAUCACCCGGCAUCACUUCCAAAGCGGAGAGGAGACACAGGAUCAACCCGGCGCGGCGGAAUUGCAGAUUCUUCUUGUCGUAUGUCCAAAAAUGGCGCUCCCCUCUUCAAGGUGGCACGCUGCUUUCGUCUAUACACGCGUUCAUUUUCCAGGACACGUUUCUUCGUAGCUCCUCCUCUUGUUCGUUAAUAUAAGGGCUCCUCCUCCUCUCUCUCCCUCUUUGUGCAUGAAAUGAUGUUGAAGAGAGCUAUUAAUUGGUCGUUUUCAUUUUUCUUCCUCUUCUCUCUUCUUUUCAUCUCUUUGCAAGUUACUGCUCUGAAGAAUGAUGCAUCUUUGCAAGUUAUUGCUUUGAAGAAUGACGUAUCUGAUGCGAGAUCACUGAUCACAAAAGAUCGCCGGAGAACCGUCAUUUCGACGGAAUCCGGAAAGGUCUCAGCCGUUGAGGUCCGUGAUGGAAUUAGAGGGGCCUAUCGUCUACAAUUCAUCACCUUGGAGCCUAACUCCCUGUUCCUCCCUGCAUUACUCCAUGCAGAUAUGGUGCUAUACGUUCACACAGGGAAUGGGAGCUUGAAUUGGGUGGAUGAAGAAGAGAAGAAGAGCCAGAUAAACGUAGAACGAGGAGAUAUCUUUAGUCUUCCUUCGGGUUCAGUUUUCUCUCUGAGUAGCAGCCCAGAGUCCAAAGGGGAGGAGAAGCUCAGGAUUUAUGCUAUCUUUGUUAAUUCCAAUGAAGAAAGCUUGCAUGAGCCCCCURCCAGGACAUAUUCGACGUUGAGCGAUCUGGUUUUGGGUUUUGAUAAAAUGACGCUCCAGUCAUCUUUCAAGGUCCCCCCAGAACUGAUAGAGAAGAUUACAACCGCCACCAAGCCUCCAUCAAUUGUGAACGUGACGUCUCAGGACGAAACGGACCACCUCAUCUGGAAACCUGAACUUAACAUCCGGCAAUUGCUAAAAGAUAUUAGCAACAAAAGGAAGCCAAAGGCAUUCAAUAUUCUAAAAGCAACACCAGAUUUCCAGAACUGUAAUGGCUGGAGCAAGAUGGCAAACAGGAAGGACGUGCCUUCACUAAAACAUCUCAAUCUGGGAGUGUUCAUGGUGAACUUAACCAAGGGUUCUCUGAUGGGGCCCUAUUGGAAUCCAAUAGCAACUGAGAUAGCGAUUGUGGUACACGGCCAAGGAAUGGUUCRCAUAGUCUGCUCGAGCCGAACAAGCGACUCGGACUGUAAAAACAAGAGGUUUAAGGUCGGAGAGGGAGAUGUCUUCGUGGUUCCACCUUUCCAUCUUACAGCCCAGAUUUCGUUCAAUAACAAUUCGUUUGUUAUCAUGGGAUUCAGUACAAUGGCAAAGAAAAACCACCCUGAGUUCCUAGCUGGGAAAAGGUCGAUGCUUCGAAAAUUGGAUAGAGACAUCUUGGCGAAGUCGAUGAAUGUCUCCACUUCAACAAUUGAUGAAUUACUAAGUUCCGGAGACUCGAUGAUCUCAGAUUGCACAUCAUGCGCAGAGGAGGAAAUUCAGAGAGAAAGGCAGGAGCGGAAGGGGGAACAGAUGAAGAGAGAGCAGCAAGAGCAAGAGGAAGAGACAGAGACAGAGGAGGAAGAGGAGGGACACCGAAGGGAGGGAGAGGAGGAACAGAGAAAGCGAGAGGAGCAAGAGGCGGAGACAGAGGAGGAAGYGGAGAGAAGACAAGAGCAGAGACAGCGAAGGCAGGGAGAGGAGGAAGAGGGCGGGGAACAAGAGCAAGAGACAGAGACAGAGGAGGAAGGGGAGAGAAGACAAGAGGAGAAGCAACGAAGGCAGGGUAAAGGCGAAGAAGGUGGUGGAAGCGAGGAUGAAUGAAGAAAAACCUUGAGAAAAAUAAUGGAGAAUUUGACAGUAGUACUCAAAAGAAAAAAGAUCAGAGCGUCAACCAUUAGCCACCUGAACUAUGACUAUCUAUCUAGCGAGUGUUAAAAUAAAUAAAUUGAGUGUCCCACACUCCCACCGUCUCCAGAUUGGUUUUCUGUAUUUUAUGUCUAGCGUUCGGAUUUUGUAGGCGCGCGCCUCACUCGUUGCAGUCAAGUAGUUUAUUUCUGUGGAAUUGUUGAUGUAAAUUGUUGGAACUUCCAGUGUCUGAGUGCAUCCUACAGUAUGAUCUUGAUCUGUAGUUUCUAAUAAAGUCCCCUCUAUUGUUGUGAA